AUGUCGGCUAAAGCAUUGCAACAAGUCUUUCGAGUGGUGGUGGAAAAUGUGCUGAAUCGUUGGACAGCACUGCGGCUCGCCGUAGAGCAUGGCAUGGGUGGUCCCCUUGGGUUGAAUACGGCAAUAGAACUGAUCGACUACGUAACAUCGUACUGUACCGAAAAUAAACAUGUGGACGCGAUCGAUUUACGCGAAGUGCUGGAAGAAAUAAUGGACCAAGAGUUCGAAACUAUCUGUGAGGAUGAUUCUACACAAGAGGUCAGCGCAGUGUUAAUAAAGCACUUGCAAUUGUUGAAGGAAGGCAAGGAAGAAGAGGUUAGGGCUGGAAUUGACCGGAUGAUCCCGUGCGAAAUGUGGAUAGUGAGUGGAUCGAAAAUAAAAUAUCAGCAAAAGGACGACAGUAGCGAUAGCGAGGAAGAUGCGAACGAUCAAGAGGAUAUGGAAGUAGAACCGGCUUCGGCGGUAGACGUGUCUUCGGAAGUUAGUCCAAGCACAUGCGGUUCCAGCACGAAGUUUAUCGAGGAAUCCAUCGAUCCCGGAUGGACGCAGGUUCGCGGCCGCCGACGCCGAUAGUGUAAGUAUAUAGGCUGAUAUGAAGGUUAUGAUGUA